AAGUAGGAGUCUGGGAACCUGGGGCGUUGGGGGGCGGGCUAGGGCUCCCCGGGCUAGCCGGAGGUGACAGGUGGAGAGUGAAAUGUCUGUGUUUCGGGGCCCCUCUCUCCGUCAGGGGCUCGCCCGGCGCAGAGAGAGCCGAGCCCAUGGAACCGCCCCGGAGACCUGCUGAGAGGAGGCUUUCCCGUCGGGCGGAGCCCGCGGGCGGACGUGGAGAUUUCUUGUGGAUCCUUACUUGUCAGCCUCCUCGAACUAGGAGGAGAGAUGAAGUGUUGUUUCUGAGUCCAUGCUCUAUUAGUAUUAUUGUUGUCAUUAUUGGUUUUAAGGAUUUGCUGAUUGUCCAUGUAGAUUCCUGAAGUGCCCCCAAAGCACAAGGGAGUGGACGGUGUCUUGGAUUCCUUCUGCAUUUACUGUGUUUUAGUGCCAGAGAGCCUAGGUGGCCAGACUGACCGGGGGAUCACCCUCCACUUGUGCUUAAUGUGACUCUGUAAUUUAUCAGUGAUUUCAGAAACAGACAUUUCUUGAUCUCUGCCCGUGGAUGACUUUACAUAGAACUUCCUGAUUUCUCCUUUGGGCUUCUAUGGUGUUUUGUUCAGGACAUUAAAGCUGGAAUCACAGUAUGUCACAGUGUAUUACAGUUGUUUAUCUGCCAUGUCACAGUCGUUUAUGAGUCGUUUAUUCAUUUUGGAUUUCUCUCCCACCAAAAGACUACCACAAAGCCUAUCAUGUAAGAGACUCAUAAAUAUUGGGGGGGAAAAUGAGUUAACAGCUGGUGGUAGGUUGGAUGGGAAUUUUGAUUUUCAUCUCAUAGAGAAGACAGUUAAAUGACUUGCUUAAGAGAAUCUUAGAGAUGAAACCGGGACUAGAAUUAGAGUCAGUUGUCACACAGCCUGUAGCUCUUGCCUUCUGAUCAGGCUUUGAAAUUCUAGAACAUUGAAAAUAAGGUCUUGUCACUCUUCUGUGUGUCCCUGGCCUUGCUGUCUUCAGGAUGGGUCCCUAAAGAUCAAAGGUAGGCUCAACCUUAAGACCUGAGAGAGAUGCCAGACUUGGAGCAGACAGUCUGCUAACGUUGGCACUGUGUGGGCCCUAGAGACAGCUGAGCUGUCCACAGCUCCCUUCUCAGCCUCUGUUUGAGUCCAGCUGGCCCUGGGUAGCCACCUGGACAGAGCAGUCUAGGGAAGGAUUUCCUAAGUUUAGCCCUGACUUUUUAAAUUUUUAUAUUAUAUUGGAGCAUAGUUAAGAUUUUUUUUCUCUUUCCCACUUUGCGAAGGCUAGGGUCAGAGAACAGGUUGAUGGAUCAAGCUAUUGUGUCAACCUUGUGAUCCCAUCUGGGGGAAGAGGCGACUCUUGACCUGCACAUGGGGUUAAGAGAGAGAGAAGAACCAUGAUCCCUGACCUGUGGGAGGCCCAGAUGUGAUGGAAACGUGCCCAGAGCCUGGCAAACACUCAGAAGCAAGGAGAGUGCAAAACGGGCAGCUGAGCCUUGAGUCAACUCGGGGUGUAGAAGUGAAGAGGAGUCUGUCAGGAAAGGCUCUUUGGUAGAAGGUAGUUUUAUUUUUACUUGUUUAUAUUGGCUGCGCCGCGGCUUGCAAGAUCUCAGUUUCCUAAUCAGGGAUUGAAUCCAGUCCAUAGCAGGAAUCCUAACCACUAGGCAACCACGGAACUCCCAGAAGGUAGUUUUAAACAGCAUUGAAAAAACAUGAGAUGGACACAGUUAACUGUCAGAUAGAAGCUGGGACCUUGGAGAUAUGGAGGAAAAUGAAACAGGGCUUCCUCUCUGAUCUGCCUCAAGUCUAGUCUAGGAGGCAAGGUGUGAAUUCAUGAAGAUGCCACUAGCCAUGGUGACAUGCAGUGGUUCUCAGCCAUCGCCAACCAUCGGAAUCUCUUGAGGAAGCUUGUUUAAAUACAGCUUCCCAGGCCCCACUCCAGACCUACUUGGGUUGGGUAGGGCUGGGAAGCUACAGCAAAUGCUGCGGUGUCCUAAAGAGGGACAACUUUCCCAGAGGGAGAAUUCGAGCUUCACCUGGAAGGGCAGGUGACGGUGGCAUGGCUGUGCCCCAGCCUUUCCCAUCGGGGCCCCACCUCCAGCCUGCAGGUGCCCUGAUGGAGCCCCAGCCCUCCCCUCGAAGCCUGGCCGAGGGCUUCCUGCAGGAGGAGCUUAGGCUUAACGAUGAGCUGAGGCAACUGCAGUUUUCCGAGCUCGUGGGCAUCAUCUACAACCCUGUGGAGUACGCGUGGGAGCCACAUCGCAGCUACGUGACCCGCUACUGCCAGGGCCCCAAGCAAGUGCUCUUCUUGGGCAUGAACCCAGGACCCUUUGGCAUGGCCCAGACGGGGGUGCCCUUUGGGGAAGUGAGUGUAGUCCGGGACUGGUUGGGCCUUGGGGGGCCUGUGCGGACCCCUCCCCAGGAGCACCCCAAGCGACCAGUGCUGGGACUGGAGUGCCCUCAGUCUGAGGUGAGCGGUGCCCGGUUCUGGGGCUUUUUCCGGAACCUCUGUGGACAGCCCGAGGUCUUCUUCCGUCACUGUUUCGUCCACAACCUGUGUCCAUUGCUCCUUCUGGCUCCCAGCGGGCGCAACAUCACCCCCGCCGAGCUGCCGGCCAAGCAGCGCGAGCAGCUCCUGGGGGUGUGUGAUGCGGCCCUGUGCCGGCAGGUGCAGCUGCUGGGGGUGCGGCUGGUGGUGGGCGUGGGCCGCCUGGCGGAGCAGCGGGCGCGGCGGGCUCUGGCCGGUUUGAUGCCCGAGGUCCAGGUGGAGGGGCUCCUGCACCCCUCCCCUCGCAGCCCACAGGCCAACAAGGGCUGGGAGGCGGUGGCCAAGGAGAGACUGAACGAGCUGGGCCUGCUGCCGCUGUUGACCAGUUGAGCAGCCCUGCGGCUGGCACAGGACAUGUUCAAGGCCUUUCCUUCUGGGCCAGUGGAUGACCACACGCCUCGGACUGGAGCCACAAAGUCCCCCUGGGCUCCUCAGUUUGGGGGACCUGCCGUUUUGACAUUGCUCCUGCUUGCCCUCCUGAUUCCUGCUCACUUCACCUUCCUUCCAUCUGUGGUACCCAAUUCCACAGAGAGCCAACAUCUGUGAGCCGCUCUACCUCGCUGCUUCCCUGGAGCCUCUCUUCGGAAGAGAGUGACCCCAACAGUGACUUCUGAGGUCCUAUUUGCUGUUUUAGAGAAAAGAUCCCACUAGGAUCCCCACCUGUCCUAGAACGGCUUCCUGCAGCUUACUGUCUCCCCACAGGGCCUGGGACAAAGCAUGAGUCGUGGCUGCUAAAAGUGAACUUCUGAUGAGAGGCUGAGGGUGGGUCAGGGGUGGGGGG